AUGAAAUCUGCUGAUGGAAUGGCCAUUGGAUUCAUUUCCAUCUGGUUCAUGGGCGACUUGCUCAAUUUGGCGGGCGCGGUUUGGGCUGGGUUGUUGCCCGAGGUUAUCUUUCUUGCAGUGUGGUUCUGUAUUGCAGACUCGCUCAUGAUCUUCUCCUACUUCUACUAUGCCAAGAUUUACCCUAAGCAUCAACACAGUAGGAAAAGCUCGAGAACACAUUCUGCAUCUGGGUCGCAUGAGUCUGAACAUUUGAUCAGGAGACGGUCCUCCACACUCACCAACAUUGCCCUUGAGCCACAGCUGUUCGGUGUGUUCACCCAAUACGUGCUUCCAAUUUUAUUUGUUGUCGGUGCUGGCUGUCUCGGGUACUUUUUGUCGGACUCAACUCUGGGAGACAACAACAAGGAAGGAGAUGUUCCAUCAAGUAUAGCAUGGGGUCCUCAAGUCAUUGGCUACCUCUCCGCCCUCCUCUAUUUGGGCGCUAGAAUCCCCCAAAUCUUGCAAAACCACAAAAGAAGAUCCGUCGAGGGUUUGAGUUUGUUAUUCUUCUUGUUCUCUACUCUUGGAAACCUCACCUACGCGGGUCAAAUCUUGUUUUACAGAAACGACUCAGAGUAUGUCAUGUUAAACCUUAGUUGGUUGGUGGGUUCGCUCGGAACAAUUUUCGAAGAUUGCAUUAUCUUUCUCCAGUUUUUCAUGUACAAGGACCACCACUCAGCGGUCAGUGUCUAA